GUAUAAACAAGGUUAAACUGCUCUCCAGAACGUUCUUUUGAACAAGAUGGUAAAAUCAACCCUUGCUUGUGGACUACAAGAAUGUCUGAGUAAAGAAUGGAUGGGAGAUAACUUCAGUGACUUUAGAGUUGUGGUUGAUGACUCAGAGUAUUUCUGUCACAAAUUUAUUCUAAGUGCCUGCUCAACUUUCUUUAAAGGUCUGCUCCGAACCAAUUUCAAAGAAAAUUUGGAACAAAGAGUUGAGUUAAACGACAUGAGUAAAGAAACUUUUGAGGUUAUAAUCAAUGCAAUUUACAAAGGUGUUGAUGGACUGACACUAGACAACAUCAUUAGUGUAUGGCAAGCUACUCAUAUGUUGGAUGUACCAUUUCUUAUAGAGGAAUGUGAAAGAUUUGUUGUGGAAAACAUGUCAUUGGAGAAUUACAUUACAUAUUAUGACAUGGCAAAGCUACUACACUCAGAGACUGUCAUUAAUUUUACGAUUGGAUUCAUGGCAAAAAAAUUUGAACAUUUUCGUGAGACAGAAACAUUUCUAGAACUUUCUUUUCCUAUUUUGUUUACUAUUGUAGCUGAUGAUUGUCUCAAUGUGAAGUCAGAAGAUUUAGUUUUGGAAUCUAUUAUCAAAUGGGUUUCCUAUAUAAAAAGGAAACCAGAGGAAAUGGAAAACAUUGAUCACAGAGAUAGUGAAACAGUAGAAAACAGUUUACCAACAACCCAAAUAGAUCAAAAUAAUGUUGUCCCAGUGUGUCAAAACACCAACAAUGAUACUUUAAGUUUGCCACAGUUUAGAAAUUGCGAAAUGUCAAAUUCUGCAACAAACUCAGACAACGAAACGUUAGACAGAAAGAAAUGUCUAACAGAACUGUUAUCUACAGCAAGAACAUUUUUAGCAAGUAGAAGUUAUCUUGAUAAACUUUUGAUUCACCCUUUGAUAAUGUCUUGUGUAGAAGCACUUGAAAUUGUGCAUAAUGCUUUGUUGUACCAAUGGAGAUCUGUUUCUUUCCCCAGUAACUUUGUCAUCCCUUAUAGAAACUGUAGCGGAAAACGAAAUGUCAUGGCGUUUGUUAAGAAUGAGAAAUUACAUUUAUUUGAAUUAAACAGUCAGAGUGAGGUUGAGAUGAAUUUACAGUUAAAAUGUGACACAAAUUUAGCAUCUACAGAAUCAACACUUUGCUUUUCUCAUUCUAUAACUGGAACUCGAACUAUUGCGAUUAUAGAUUCAACCAAAACAAUAACAAAUAUCUACAAAAAAAAACACCCAGAUGUAGACACAUGUUUGUUGAAAUCUGUACCAGGAGUGUUUGAGAGGAUAAGAGUUGUUGUGCUAGAAACUCAGUCUAAUGUAGUUCCGUUGGUUGUGCCAGAUUCUUGGAUCACCCAAAAUGAAAAAUGA